CUUACUCGUAUGCAUUUAUCUUUUACCAACUACAUAUUAGGAGCGACUUGCUAGAGUAGCAGUGUUGAGAAGGAAUUGGAUCGAAUUGCUCAUUUUAUCAUAAAAAUCCAUCUUUGAUAGCACCAUUGCAGUCCUCCGAAUAACAUAUUUGUCAAGAGCCGAUUCAUUUGGAAAAAAAAGACCCAUUUCUUAAUCAAAGGUCUCAUUUGCAAGUUCAUUUUGAGGAACCAAGUUUGUGUCUCGCAAAAUUGUAUUUGUUUUCGGAUUGACAAUUAACUGUGAAAUUCUUUUGGAUCAUAUCACACGUCUCUGGAACUUACUUCCACAAGACAGCAGUGUCCACAGCUCGGAUUUUCAUUCAAUAGUAUUUUAAGGAAGCUCUGUUCCUGUUUUCCAUUCAUUUGCUGGUACCUUAAGAUCGUAAACAAUUCCAUACUUCGCUCUUGCGUCUAGCUAUUGCUUUUAGAAAAAAAAGGAAAAGCUUUUAUAUUUGGACAGCGACAGUAGAUUCCAGGGACGCUACACAUUUCCCCUGCUUGCGCCUGUCGAAUCCUGUGCGUGUUUAUUAUUCCCCAUUUUUUCCCUUCAAAUACUACCGGUAAGUGUUUCGACUAAGCGAACAACUCAUUUGUUUACUUGUAACUUGCAUUCGGCACCAUGGACUCCAACUCUCCCAUUCUUCCUUUAACCAACAGCAAUUCAGGAAGCAGGGCAUAUUCGCGGCCCCCUCAAACCAGUCAUGCUCGUCAUGUAUCUUCCUCAGGAGCGAAUGCCACGUUUACUCCUCCUAAACCUCCCAUGGCGAAAAAUUACAGUUAUCGAAGAGCUUCUCCCAAUGGAAGUUUUAUAAGUCCACUAGAAGCUCUUACUGUAAAGCUUGCGAAUACAUAUGCUAUUUGUAAUCCCAGAUUUCAGUUUUCAUCGGAACAAAAUCCUCGAAGACCUCUCACAAAGCCAAGCGAAGCCGUGCAUAAUCAUGGUUACGAUAAUACUAACCAUGACUAUAUAUUGUAUGUCAAUGAUUUACUUGGAACAGAUGAAGGCCGAAAAUACUUAAUUCUCGAUACUCUAGGUCAUGGUACCUUUGGUCAAGUCGCGAAAUGCCAAGAUUUAAAAACACAAAGGAUUGUAGCUAUCAAAGUAAUUAAAAAUAAACCAGCAUUCUAUAAUCAAUGCGUCAUGGAAGUUUCAAUUUUAGAGUUUCUUAACAACCGUUAUGAUCCGGAUGAUAAGCGUCAUUUGAUUCGCUUAUACGAUCAGUUCAUGCAUAAAAAUCAUUUAUGCCUGGUUUUUGAGCUUUUGAGCAUCAAUCUUUAUGAAUUGAUUAAGCAAAAUCAGUUUCGCGGCCUUCACCUUAGUCUUGUACGUUCGUUUGCUAUUCAGUUGCUUUCAUGCGCUUCUUUACUAAAACAAGCACGCAUUAUUCAUUGUGAUAUGAAACCAGAAAAUAUCCUCCUACAAGAUUUAUCUUCUCCAAAUGUCAAAGUAAUUGACUUUGGCAGCGCCUGUCAUGAACGACAGACCGUAUAUACGUAUAUUCAGUCUCGCUUUUACAGAAGUCCAGAAGUUGUUUUAGGUCUCCACUAUAAUUGUGGCAUUGAUAUGUGGUCAAUCGGCUGUAUUCUCGCUGAACUGUUUUUGGGCCUUCCUCUGUUUCCUGGAAAUUCUGAGUAUAACCAAAUUUGUCGCAUAGUGGAUAUGCUAGGAACCCCGCCAGCUUGGAUGAUUGAAAUGGGGAAGAACGCAAAAAAAUACUUUAAUAUUUCGUUCGUCAACGGACGAAAGGUAUACGAGCUCAAAUCAAUUGAACAGUUCUCUAUCGAAAACAACAAGGUGGAACAACCAGGAAAACAGUAUUUUGGUGAGAAAACACUGGAUGCUAUUAUAAUGAAUUAUCCCCGUCGCAAAACCACUCCUAAGCACACACCCGAAGAACAUGAAGAGCGAUUGUGUUUCAUUGACUUUGUAAAGCAGUUUUUGGAGCUAAAUCCUUUGAAGCGUUGGAGCCCUGACCAGGCGAAAGCACAUCCUUUUAUUACCGGUGCUUCCUAUAGCCAAUAUUAUAUGAAUAAGCAGAAGCCACCUUUCGUUACGCCUCGCACAAGAAACCGUUCUCACACGAUUGGAAACCAAGCCAUGGUUCCCCCUUCGCUACAGCGUGCCAGUACAUAUGUUACGAAUGAACCAGAAGAGUUCGUACAGACGAGACCAUUGCCACAAUACUAUCCCCCUGCUGAUGCUUAUACUGGUAAUGACAACGAAGAGACAGAUGAAUUUUUUUAACGCUUAUUUGUUGUUAGUAGUUAUGUUUUCUUAGAGUAAAAACCGUGGUUUAUAAAGGAUUAUUUUCGAGGGAUUCCAUUGUUUAUGAUAUGAAUAGGUUAUUUUUUUUUUUUUCAAAUUCAUGAAAUUU